AUGGCAACCCCGGUCCCCUCUGAGCUGCACCUGGCGGUGCACGAGCGGGACGCAUCGGCGCUGGCCGCGUUGUUGGCCAGCCUGUCCCUGGCGGCGAUGCUGGGGCACAGCGCCGUGCUGGGCGCCCUCUUGGACGCCGGCGCAGUGCCCAACCCAGCCUGCGCGCGGCGGGCGCUCCACCCGCUGGCAGCAGCAGCCACGUCAGUGCACCGCUCCUGGGGCAGCGGCAGCAGCAGCGAGGCAAUGGUCUCGGAGCAGACGGCGGUCGAGAUGUGCCAGCGGCUGCUGGCGGCGGGGGCCGACGUGGUGGCGGCUUGCUGCCCGCCACACCAUUCUUGGCCCGGCGUGUGGCUUGUGUGCCUGGAGAGCCGCGCCAUCCAGCGGCUGCUGCUGGCAGCCCUGCAGCAGCGCGCCUGCGGAGUCCCCGGCACCUUCUGGCCCACCUUCCAGCAGUGCUCGGCGCUGCUGCUGCUGGCGGCGCAGGCAGACGACGCCCGCGCCUACCGCCACUUUGCGGCGGCCCUGCCGACCGCCAGCCUGCCCUCCCAGUAUGCUGCGCUGGCCGACGAGGUGGUGGCCACAGCCUGCAGCGGCAGCGGGCAACGCCAGGUGCUGCGUUGCAUGGCCGAGAUGGCAGCGGCGGCGGCUGCAGGAGGCGAGGAGGCAGGCGAUGCGCAGGUGCUGGGGCCGGGCGCUGCAGCCCCGGCCGUGGCACCAGCAGCAGCGGCAGCGGCAGCUGCGGGGCAGCUGGCUCCUUGUGUCGGGGUGGUGCUGGAGGCAGCGCUGGCGGGCGCUGCGCAGGAGGGGCAGGCAGGGGAGGUGGCGCUGCUGCUGUCGGCGGGCGUGCCGGCAACCGCGGCAGCCGUCAGAGGCGCGGUGGUAGGGGGGCAGCUGGAGGUGCUGGCCCAGCUGCUGCCCAGGGUGGCGCCGGCGGGGCUGCUGCCAGCACAGCCUGCCCCGGGGGUGGUGUGGGCCGUGCCCAGCGGCUGGCGGGCGGCCUCGCAGUACCCCUGCCCGCUGCACACCCUGCUGGCUGUGCAUGCCAAGGAGGAACAGGAGGCGCUGCACCCGCGCAGCCUGGCCAUUGCAGAGGCGCUGGCGGCGGCCGGCCUGCGCCCGGCUGUGUACCGCGGCGUGGUGGUGCAUGUGGAGGGGGAGGAGGGGCCCCGCCGGGUGCCCAGCUUCGACCCCGCACGCCACGACCCCAGCCUGCAGGCGCAUGUGCGGGGCGGCGGCAGGUACCUGUGGCUGGCCGCCACACGUCCCGCAUGGUCCCGCUCCCAGCACCGCAGCUUCCCACCCGCCUUCCACACCGCCGCCCGCACGCUCCUGCUGGCAGCCCACCGCGCCCAUGCACCCGGCGGCAGCGGCACAGCUGGCAGCCGCACGCCGUGUUCCCCAGCAAGCGCUCCGCCUGUGCCGCCGGCCCUGGGGUGCCUGCCAGAGCAUGUGCUGGAUGAGAUCCUGCACCUGGCUGCCUACCCGCUGUCGGCGUGGGCCGCUGUGGCAUAA